AUGCGAGCCUUGGUUAACAGUGCAUCCGUCGGUGCUGUCACCAGAGAAAGAACCGUCGAUGUAAGAACAAUCGCCAUUGAUAGUAGAGCCAUCAGCAGCCUCGAUCUUGACAUUGUAGUUAGGAGCAUCCUUGUUGUUAGGGUUUGGAAUCAAAGAAAGGUAAGUGUUUCCGUUAGUGUAACCGGAACCGAGAACCAAUGGAGCCCAGUUACCGACACCGGAACCUUCAUCACCCCAGAUGCAACCAUCCUCAAUAGAAACACCGGCGUUGUUGACAUAGUAUUGAGCGGAAGUCUUUCCAUUUUUCCAGUGGUAGUAGCUGUCCUCUUCGACAACACUGAGAGGCUUCUCAGAACCACCUUCAAGCAAAGUUGGCACAACCAUGUUUUCGGAACCUGGGUAGUCAGUUCUGCAGAGAGCAAUAGAGUCGGAAAUCUCAGACUUGACACUUCCGGUCUCCUUACCCCAAGAACACAGGUAGUCGGAAUCAGAGUUGGUCUUGUACAAUAUCCGUCUUCACAAGUGGAGGAGGUGUCACCAUCCUCGUUCAUGACGGAAGCCCAUCCGCCAAAUCCAAGCCAGUCAAGGGAAACAACACCGUUUCCAGAUGGGAAAUCGGAACACUUGAUAGUACCAUCUUGGAAUUCCUCAGAAGGGUUUGAGAAGUCAGAAAGAUCACCGUCAAUGGAAGAGGAACCAGUUGAAGAAGAUUUAGAAGAGGAUUGGGUAGAGCUGGUGCUUGUUUCAGACUCAGAGGAAGAAGUAGAAGAUUCAGAGGUAGUGGUUGGCUCAGAAUCGUCGGAGCUGCUGGUAGAGUCGGCACUCUGGAUGGCAGCAGCGGCAGUCUGA